CGUGUUUAUGACAGACAAAGUUGAUGCCAUUAUGGAAGACAUGGUCCCUGAGCUGACCAUGUACAAAAAUGAGGAUUACUUCACAGAAGAAGAGAUCAGAAUGAUCGUCAAAGAGCGCAGGCAAUCAGAAAUCAUCAUGUGCAUGUCCCCGCACGCUAGCGUUGCAGAUUAUCUGAAAGCCAUAAUUUAUGAAAAGAACCUCAAUAAGGAGUUUAUAAGCAGAAGAAAAGAGAAAACUAAUAAGGGAAUGAAGAUGAUUGACUUCUCUAUCCACAGAAGAAUAAUAGCCAUCUACGAGCGUAUGACAAGAAGAUAUAGAUAUGAUGUCAACCUUCUCAAGGACUUUCUCCAUUAUCUCCUCCUCACGAGAAGUCUUGGUAAAUUCAACAGUGUGAUGGCCAGAACUCUUCAUGUUCACCCAAACGUUCUUGACUUUUGGCUCAUCGCAGUAUAUUGAGAGUUUGACAUGAGAGGAAACAUGCAAGGCUCAAGAAAAAUAUUCCUACAAGCAAUGAGAAGGAACCCAGGAGUUUGCGAGUUUUACUUCGAGUAUAUCAAGUACGAACUUCGUGUACUUGAAAAACUUCACAUCAGAAAGAAGCUCCUUGAGCAGAACGAUGAUAUGAAGAUAAUUGAAGAGAGAGAAGAAACCCCUGAAGAGGAAUCUAAGAUCUCAGAGAGUGUUCCAAGUAUUGUCUAUGCUAAAUCAGGCCAGGCCAUCACUACACAGUUCAAAUAUGACGUAGCACUUCAUUUCAGAAUCCUGGAGUUAGCUAAUGGCUUCAGUAAAGUUGUUGAUGUGUCUCACCUGAUUGAUCUGAUCCAGAGUCAUAUCAAAAACGUUCUUUAUGCAGAAAGAAGAUCUGAGGUGCUAAAUUACUUGAUCAAAGACAUUGAUUCUUUCCAUGAGAUUGAAAUUGAGGUGACUAAAUUCCUUGCAAACACAACACCUGAUAUGGAAUCUUUAGAGAUCCUGAUCACCUCCCUAGGAAAGAUAGAUGCAAGCUCAUUAGAGAAGUUUCAAUUGACUGAUUCCUUCUUCAAAUCUAUUGCUGAUUCUGAGGAGUUAGAUGCAACUGUGCUAGAGCAAUCUGCUAUUUUGUUCCUUGAGUUUAUCUCUACUCUUAAUAUCACAGAGGAAUUUAAUUUGACAUCAACACUUGAAUCACUAACUCAGAAGUAUCCUGAAAGUUUCCCGAUCCUAGUUCACUAUUGUCAAAACAGCUUGUUAAAAGACUCGUUUGAGAAUAAUCUUCUAGACCACCAUAGAGAUUUAUUAAAAAAGCUAAAUACAGCCAUUCAACAGAAGCAGAAGGAGAAUCUAAGUCAAACCAAGAAGUAUAUAAUCAAGUCUUCAGAGCUCAACUCAAAGCAUGGUCAUGAGCAGUUCUCUCCUCUUUCGUUUAUUACAAAGGCUAGAUUUGUGAUCCUGCAAUAUUUUGCUCAUAUUUCAAAUACAAAAAUCUUGCACAAGACUCUGGAAUUCUCAGUCAGUGAGACAUGUGCCCAUCUUGGGUCCAAAGAGGCUUUGAGUUUGAUCAGAAGGUAUAUCCAAGAGCUACUGCUCUUGGCCAAACCAUCUGUGACCUCUACACCUGCUAAGGAGGCAGAGAUGGUCUCUACCAAAGAAGUUGAGGAUGAAGUCAAGCUCAUCGUAAGAAUUAUUAAAAAAUUCGCACUGAAAUCGGUAAAUGAAUUGGGCAAAGGGAAAAAAGAGCUGUACGAUGAGAUCCUAGAGAAGCUACAGACCUAUGUUGACUCGAAUGUAUUUGACAUGGAUGCCAAAGAUGAUAUCGAAGGGUAUCUUGAUGAUCUUAAGUAGACUAUAA